AAUUGUAAGGCGAAGCUGCCCACCCACUACGACUCAUUUCACACUCCUACCUACCCACGCUAUCUAGCUAGCCUUUUCUCACCAAACAUCCUUCAUCCCAUAACUGAUCCUGACUCCUAACUUCCUCUCUCACACCUCUCCGAUCAGCAUUAAACUUUGACUGCUGAUGACAUCGUUUUGAUCAUUUAAGGGUAGAAACAGAAGCAGUGGCACUGAAUUCAUCGUACAGUGAGGAGGCCAGAGAAGAAAUGGAGAAGCAGAGUCCAGCAGGAUCGUCCAAGACUGGGUUUUUGGAUGCUCCGCUUAACGCCAUCGGAUUCGAGAUUGGAGAUUUAACCCCACAGAAAGUUACCGGUCGUCUUCAAGUUACCGAAACUUGCUGUCAGCCAUUCAAGGUGCUGCAUGGAGGGGUAUCGGCUCUGAUAGCCGAGGGACUGGCAAGCAUAGGCGCCCACUUGGCUUCGGGUUUCCAGAGAGUGGCUGGAAUUCAUCUCAGCAUCAACCACUUGAAGCGCGCUGAUCUUGGGGAUCUCGUGCUCGUCGAGGCCGCCCCUGUUAAUGCUGGCAAAACCAUCCAGGUGUGGGAGGUGCAGUUCUGGAAGGUUGAUCCUUCGAAUUCACAGAACAAAUCUUUGGUAGCAUCGUCUAGGGUUACCCUUCUAUGUAACAUGCCUGUACCGGAGAAUGCAAAAAAUGCAAGUGACGCUCUCAGGAAGUAUGCAAGAUUGUGAACCUAAUUUGCACUAUUUGCAGAGUUUUUAAGAGCAGUCUUCCAUUUUUAUCAAAUGUGUUUCCUUAUCUUUUAUGUCAUGUUUUCUUUUUUCAAUCACUUGUACUUGAAGCGUACUUGAAGCCUAUUUGAGGUAUGUGCAAGAAUAAGAAGUAAGAACUCUGAUCCGGA